AAAAAAGAAAAAAAAUAAAAAAUUAUAAAUUCUAUAAUGAAUAAUGCAGAAGCAGGGCCUUCAUCAUUUAAAAAAAUCGCAAAGCCUGAUUCACCAAUGAAACUAGAAUUAGCACAAAAAAACAGAGUUUUUGAAGCAACAUUGUUAGAAGAUCUGUUUGACUAUUCAGUUUUAGUUUCAAAUAACAUUAGUAUGGCAAGAGAUCAGUUAGCGAAUGAAAGAAACUGGUUAACAUGGUUUCGAUUAUCAUGUACAUUGGUUAUAUUAGGCUUCACUAUAUUAAUCAAAUUUAGGUUACCUGAUGGCUCAUCAAAUAAUGACUCUAACUUUGAAAUAUCAAGUAAACCUGUUGGCUAUAUAUUUGUGGCUAUCGGAUUUCUAUGUUCUUUUGUUGGCUUAGGAAAAUAUUUUAAAAAUCAAAGACUACUGAUAAAACAAGCAACUUUUGUUGAAGCAGGAAGAGGCAGUUAUCUUAUGGUUGCUGUUCUAUUCUCAUUUGUUUGUACAAUUAUGAUAUUAGCUUCAACAAAAAAUAAUUCACAAACAGGCGAUUCUUUUGUAAAUAGAAGCUUUUAUAUGAUUGAUUAAUAAC